AUGCCCGCCAGCACACCCACCACAGGUUCUAGAAACCGGCCCAUUCGCGACCACAAAACCUUCAAGGAUGGCGACUUCACCCUCAUCUCCGAGGACGGGUGGCGUUUCCGAGUCCAGUCUCAGCUCCUUUUCGCCAUGAGCACUGCGUUCAAGGACAUGAGCUCAUUGAGCAAUGAAACCCUCGAGAUCACCUUCACCGACGACGAGCUUGAACAGAAACACACCAUCGAACUGUUCUUGACUCUUAUCACCUGCGGGCAUCUGCUGGGCUAUGAGGCAAAGAAGUUUUCGAUCCCCGAACUGGUCCGCAUCGUCCGAUUUUUACAGAAAUACGGCUGCCAUCCUGCUCUGAGCAUCUUAAUUCUCGACCUCAAAGUCAAGCUCUACGAAGGUGAAUUGGGGUCCUUGACAAUGUUCGUCCUGGGUGCCAUCAACGAUGACCUCGACAUUUGCAAGGCUGCGCUUUUGCAAGGUAAACGUCGGGUGUGGGGCGGGAAUACUGGUCCUGAGACCAACCCUCUGAAGAACGGCACAAAGGGUGGUUGGGGGCUCGACCCAAGUACCUUCCCGCGUGAGGUGUGGGGCAUCGUCCCGCCGAACCACCUGAAGCCACCGAGGACGGCGCCCAGCCCAUCAAGGAAGGACAACGAGACGUUCACGACAGGAGACUUCGCCCUUGUGUCGGCCGACCGCGUUCGCUUCCGUAUCGCUUCCAGUGACAUCUUCAAAUCCAGUCCUGUCUUUGACCAGGCAAAGUCGAUGACCCCCGUCACACACGAGGUCACCCUCACCGACAGCGACAUCGAGAGCGCAAAAGUUCUGGACGUGUUCUUGACGAUCAUCACCACGGGAAACGUCCCGACCGUGCUCACCCCAAGCAAGGACUACUCCGACUACGAUAACUGCAUACGUCUGCUGUUCAAGACUCUGCGCUUCAUGCAGAAAUAUAAGUGCAACAAUGCGAUUGACCUCCUCUUCCUCCGUCUCAAGGUCAACUUUUACGAAACCAACGAAAACGCCCUGGGAUUGUUCAUCCUCGCGGCCGCCAACGACGAUGACGGGACCUGCCAUUGCAUAAUCGAGAAGCAGAAACACUUUGUUUGGGGUCACCUUCCUCACGCCCCCACCAUACCGCUAGACGCGACCGCCAAGGAGUCUCUUGCCGACCUCACCACCCUCCGCUGGUCGCUGUGUGAAAUCUUCCCUCCUGUGUAUCGCUGGGCUCUUACCGGUGCCACCGCUGAGGUUGUCGCGCUUAUGGAUGCCCACGAUCCCGCGUUGGGUACCUGCGAAUGCGACCCGAAUAAGCUGAGCCACCGUGAAACCGUCUCGUAUCAUUUCUGCAAACUCAUGCAGCCGCAUCGAGGUAUGGUCCCUCGAGAGGGCGACAUCCUUCUCUCAUUCCUUCCUCUCUUCACGUCUAUCCACAAGCCAUACGUCAUGCAGACCGAUCCUGAAGAGACGAUAGCGAACGACAAAACAUUCACACAAGGCAACUUCACCCUCAUCUCUGCAGACGGCGUUCGCUUUCGGGUUGCCUCCGACCUCCUUUCCGUCCACAGUGCAGUCAUCAAGGAUGCCGCCUCACUGAACCCUAGCGACCGCAAGAUUACUUUCACGGACGAGUCAUUCGAAACUGCCGACGCCAUCAAGCGCUUCUUGACGGUCAUCACUGAAGGACACAUUGGACCCCAUUUCAGUGUCGAUGAUGAUGCUGUCCUUCCGCUGGCCCGCGCGUUGCGCUUUAUGCAAAAGUUCGAAUGUGGUAUGGCCAUCAAGAUCUUCUUUCUCGAUUUCAAGUUCAAGCUUCUCCUGGACGAGUUCUGUCCACUCGACGCUUUCAUACUGGGCGCCCUGAACGACGACCUCGAUACCUGCAAACUUGCUCUGGAGCAAUAUGAACCAAAGUGGAGUGCCAUGACCGAAGAGGGGACGUCCCUGACUUGCGGUCUCGAGCAUUGCGAACUAUUCGAUCCAUCAGGUCUUCCAUACACACUGUUUUCAGUUAUUCCUCCGCCGUUCAUUUGGGCGCUGGGACGCGCCAGAGCAGACUUUGCUGCGACUCGCGGUAAGAAGAAUAUCGACGAGGCUAUACCCGUCAAAGACAUUGCCGACCUAAUCUGUGAUCACAUGAAUAUCUACAGAUUGGCCAAGCGUCAGUAA